GUUUUGAGUGCAGAUAUUUCAAUUCAGAGAACUACAAUGCUGUUUGUGCCAAUCGAAGGUGAAUUCCUUCUCUUCUAGGGUUUCCCGUUCACAUAUGGUUCUGAAGAUAUACCCUCUCUUCUCUCUCAUCGACUCUCCGGAAGUUGUGACCAGUUCUCACCGGUGGAAUUAGGGUUUCCCGUCUGAUUAUGACCCAUUUUACUUGGAAUUUUGUAUGCUAGCGUUGCGUGUCAUUUUUGCUGGAAGAAGAUAGAGGAACUUGAGCUUUUCGUCGUCGAGGUCUUGUUUCUUCAGUUAUCUGUGCCCUUUCGUUUUAUUUUUAGCUCUAUUUCGUUUACACGGUGGUUAUUGGUUUAUCAGUAGAGCUUAAGACAUGAGUUUGGGUUUGCUCUUUCAAAGGCAAAAGCUGCGUGUAGACAUGCAUUUGGAAGCUUUUUUGUAUUCCAAAUUGUCAUUUUUUAAGUGAAUCUUGAGAUUUCAGUGGUGUGCCUAAGCUGGGAGACUUUGUGUUAUUUUAAUUGUGACAUUUGACAUAAUUCUGUUGCUUGACUACUUUACUUCUGCGAGUUUCUUCAAGAAAAUUGAGAUCUGUUCUAGAUGUAGGUGUUGGCAGUUGAUGUUUUAGUUCAUACUGAGUUAUCUGCAGUACUGUUGGUUAUCAUGAUUGGAUGAAGUUUUUUGGAUAAUAUGGACAGAGUACGUGAAGAUGUGGAUGCCUUGGAGGGUGACUUUACAUGGAAGGCAGACAGCAGUAACAUGUUGGAAUCCCAUGCAGAACAUACUGGGAGAAAGACUUUAGAUGCAGUUAGUGUAUCUGAGGAUCCAUAUUCUGUCAUUAGUACCAUGGAUGGUACUGGUCUUAUGGUUGAGGAGUUGACAGUCAGAAAACAUGAACGUGAAAAUAUGAUAGUUGGUAGCUCUAAGAAUAAAGAUGUGAUUCAACCUAAGCAAAUUCAGAGGAGCAGUGGGAAUUUUGCUGGUGAUGCCAGUAAUAAAGGGACUCCGAGUUUCUGGGAGGAACCGGGAUUCACUGUGUUCUCAGAUUACUUGAAUAAGCAACCUUUGGCUGAUCAAAACAGUGAAUCUGCAGAACAGAUACCAAAUGAUGAAAAAAUACCUGUUUCAAGUGAUAUGGUAAUAUCUCCUGGUGGUAUCAGGACCAAAAUCCUGUCUAAAUCAGGAUUCUCUGAUUUUUUUAUGAAAAGCACGCUCAAGGGGAAGGGGGUCAUAUGCAAGGGUCCUACCCGUGAAGAUGUCCCUAAAGUCAGGGACCAAGCUAAUCCAGUAGCUCCUAAGGCUGAUACGAUGUCUUCCAACUCACAACUAUCUGCAAAAGUAACAUAUCCAACACAUUGUCACCACGAUCUUAAUGUUGGUCCUAGUUUAAGGGAGUGGUUGAAAGAUGGUCACUACAGGGCCAAGAAAAUGGAGAGCAUGUACAUAUUUAGGCAGAUUGUGGAAUUUGUUGACCAUUCACAUUUGCGUGGAGUUGUUGUAUCUGAUUUACGACCAUCUUGCUUCAAGUUGUUGCCAGGAAAUCAGGCUGCAUACGUUGGACCAUCUGCUGCUGCUCCUCUGUCUGGAUAUCGAAAUGAUAAAAGGCCAUUGGAACAGGCCGUAAUUACUUCAGUUAGUCAGUGGACAAAGAGACAGAAGCAAAGGGAGGACUUGAACCUCAUUAGAAUUGGUCAACAGGAUUCUGUAAAUCGAUCCAUAGAAAAUAUAGAAGUCAGAAGAGGGCGUAAGAGUGAUUCCAGUCCUACCAUCCCUCUUGGGUUCCGCACUUUAGAAUCUAUGCCCUCAUAUGAAAAUGACCAAUUGGAGGAAAAGUGGUAUGCUAGUCCUGAGGAACUUAGUGGGAGGGAAUGCACAUUUUCGUCCAAUAUUUAUGCAUUGGGAGUUCUUCUGUUCGAGUUGCUUGGCUCUUUUGCUUCUGAAAGGGCUUGUGCUGCUGCAAUGUUGGACCUGCGUAAUAGGAUUCUUCCUCCAAACUUCUUGGCAGAAAAUCUGAAGGAAGCUGGAUUCUGUCUUUGGCUUCUUCAUCCGGAACCUUCAUCACGCCCAGCUACAAGGGAAGUGCUGCAAUCUGAUCUUAUGAAUGGAAUUCAAGAAUUGCAAAAAGAGGAGUUAUCUUCAUCUUUUGAACAAGAUGAUGCUGAAUCAGAGCUACUACUGCAUUUCCUCGUCUCUGUGAAAGAGAAGAAGCAGAAAGAUGCCUCGAAGUUAGCAGAAGUUAUUAAGUGCCUGGAAGCUGAUAUUGAAGAGGUUGGAAGGAGAAAUUCAAAUUGGUCAGCUGACGACUUCUCAAAAAUAGAUCUUAAAUCUAUUCAUAAUGAACUUUCAAAUGUUGAAGCACACCCUAGAUUACAAAACCUAACGGGCAAGGAUUCCAAGUUGAUGAAGAGUAUGGAUAAACUAGAAAAGGCCUACUAUUCCAUGAGAUCCAGCAUUCAGUAUUCUAACACUGAUAUGACAAUUCGAGCAAAUAAAGAAUUACUUACAAGUCGAGAAAACUGGUAUAGGGGGCAAGAUCAUGAAGCAAGAAGUAAUUUAGAUUGCUUGGGGACUUUCUUUGAUGGAUUUUUAAAAUUUGCUCGAUAUAGUAAGUUUCAAGUCCGUGGAGUAUUACGGAACGGCAAGUUCAGUAAUUCUGCUAAUGUUAUCUGUUCUUUGGGUUUUGACCGGGAUCAGGAGUAUUUUGCUGCUGCUGGAGUAUCCAAGAAGAUUAAGAUAUAUGAGUUUGAAAAACUCUUUAAUGACACUGUUGAUAUACAUUAUCCACUAUUGGAAAUGCCAAAUAAAUCAAGGAUUAGCUGCAUCUCUUGGAAUGGCUAUAUCAAGAAUUAUCUAGCCUCAACUGACUAUGAUGGCAUAGUGAAGCUGUGGGAUGCUGGAACUGGUCAAGGGAUAUCUCAAUACAUUGAGCAUUAUAGAAGGGCCUGGUCGUUGGACUUCUGUCAUACGGAUCCUACAAAAUUAGCCAGUGGAAGUGAUGAUUGUUCUGUGAAAAUUUGGAAUAUUAAUGAAAGGAAGAGUUUAAGCACAAUCAGGAACAUUGCGAAUGUCUGUUGUGUUCAAUUCUCUGCUCACUCCACUCAUUUGCUUGCUUUUGGGUCUUCUGACUACAAAAUCUACUGUUACGACCUUCGUAAAAUUUCAUCACCCUGGUGCAUAUUGGCUGGUCAUGAUAAAGCCGUUAGCUAUGUGAAAUUUCUGGACUCAGAGACACUUGUUUCUGCCUCCACUGACAGCUCACUGAAGUUGUGGGAUUUGAGUAAAACCAGUUCUAGUGGCUCACUGAAUUCAGCUUGCAUCUCAACCCUUAAAGGUCACACUAAUGAGAAGAAUUUUGUGGGGUUAUCUGUUGCUGAUGGGUUCAUAGCUUGUGGAUCAGAGACAAAUGAGGUGUAUACUUACUGUAGAUCUUUACCGAUGCCAAUCGUGACUCACAAGUUUGGUUCCGUGGAUCCUGUUUCUGGUAGAGAGACAGACGAUGAUAAUGGACAGUUUGUUUCCAGUGUUUGUUGGAGGAAAAAUUCAGAUAUGAUGAUUGCUGCUAAUUCCACUGGAUCUAUAAAAGUGUUGCAGAUGGUAUAACUGAUGCUCUGUUAUCUUUGGUUAAUUGUAAGAACGAGGGCCUUAUUAUUGCUCUGUAAAGUACCAAUUUUGACUGCCCAGAUCUUCCCUUAACCCAAACUUCAGCAAGGCUACAAUACUGGAUUAAUCCACCAUAAUUGCUAGAUGCAACUGCCAACCUGAUGGGAAGCCAGUAAGUAAUUCUGGCUCUUGAAUCUGGGAAAAGUCGAUGGUCCAGUGCAAAGAGAGUGUUUGCUUAUGACACCUCCAAGGACUGCAAAUUAUGUUAUGCUCAGGAAUUCAAUCAGGGUCAUUUUGAAUAAGAAGCAUUGAAUCUGCUGACUCGUAAGUGUUUUUUAUUUUUAUACGAGGCUGCAAUUGUGGCUGCAAUUGCAUACAAAUGGUAAAAUCUUGCGGGAACCACUCGGGAGUUUGUAACAUAAGAGUGUAUCAUAGAAUCAGGUAUUCCAAUUUUAUCUGUAUAGUGGUGGGAGUGGGGUGAAAAAUGUUAUAUGCUGUAUAGUUCUUUCAUCUUGUAAAGAAAUCACAUAUCUUGUAGUA